UCGAGAAGGAGAGCUCCAGCGAGCGGGCGAGCGCAGGCCCCGAGAGCCCAGCGCAGCCCCCAGCAGCCCGAGUCCGUGCUACAGUCCUCGCGGGACCCGAGCCGGCCGCCGUUCGCGGGGAUCCCGGGCGUCCUGCUGCGGCCGCUUCGGGAAGAGGGCGCCCUCGCCGCCUGCCCAGCCCGGAGAGCGCUCGGGUCCGCUGGGGACCGCGCUCGCCGCUCCCCGGCCGGCCCGGGCGGCAGGGCACUCGGUGCGCGCCCGGCGAGCGCCCCAGGAGGCGGCGUGCUCGCUGGAAGAUCGGCGGUGGCGGUGCCCGCGGCGGGACUUCGGUGCAGCUCCUCGAGGGUGCGACCCCCGAGCGCGCGUGCCGCGCGACCAUGAGGGCGCGGCCGCGAGUCUGCGAGGCGCUGCUCUUCGCCCUGGCGCUCCAGACCGGCGUGUGCUACGGCAUCAAAUGGCUGGCGCUGUCCAAGACCCCGGCGGCCCUCGCGCUGAACCAGACGCAGCACUGCAAGCAGCUGGAGGGGUUGGUAUCUGCGCAGGUGCAGCUGUGCCGCAGUAACCUGGAGCUCAUGCACACCAUCGUGCACGCCGCCCGCGAGGUCAUGAAGGCCUGCCGCAGGGCCUUCGCGGACAUGCGCUGGAACUGCUCCUCCAUCGAGCUCGCCCCCAACUAUCUGCUUGACCUGGAGAGAGGGACCCGGGAGUCAGCCUUCGUGUAUGCGCUGUCGGCGGCCGCCAUCAGCCACGCCAUCGCCCGGGCCUGCACCUCCGGCGACCUGCCCGGCUGCUCCUGCGGCCCUGUCCCAGGUGAGCCACCCGGGCCCGGGAACCGCUGGGGAGGAUGUGCGGACAACCUCAGCUACGGGCUCCUCAUGGGGGCCAAGUUUUCCGAUGCUCCUAUGAAGGUGAAAAAAACAGGAUCCCAAGCCAAUAAACUGAUGCGUCUACACAACAGUGAAGUGGGGAGACAGGCUCUGCGCGCCUCUCUGGAAAUGAAGUGUAAGUGCCACGGGGUAUCUGGCUCCUGCUCCAUCCGCACCUGCUGGAAGGGGCUGCAGGAGCUUCGGGAUGUGGCCUCUGACCUCAAGACCCGCUACCUGUCGGCCACCAAGGUGGUGCACCGACCCAUGGGCACCCGCAAGCACCUGGUGCCCAAGGACCUGGAUAUCAGGCCUGUGAAGGACUCGGAGCUUGUCUAUCUGCAGAGCUCGCCCGACUUCUGCAUGAAGAACGAGAAGGUGGGCUCCCAUGGGACGCAAGACAGGCAGUGCAACAAGACGUCCCACGGCAGUGACAGCUGUGACCUCAUGUGCUGCGGACGCGGCUACAACCCCUACACGGACCGCGUGGUCGAGCGGUGCCACUGCAAAUACCAUUGGUGCUGCUACGUCACCUGCCGUAGGUGUGAGCGCACCGUGGAGCGCUAUGUCUGCAAGUGAGGCCCUGCCCACCCCGUGGGGACUUGUGGAGGCCCAGCCAGGGGCCCGGAGACACCCCGUGGAGUUUUUCUUGGGAAUUCCAGAUGCCAGGCAUGGGAGGCGGCUUGUGCUUUGCCUCCCCUUGGAAACCGCCAGAAACAGAAGGCCCGGCCGCUCUGGAAGGAGGGCCAGGACAUCAAAGGAAACCGACAAGAUUAAAAAUAACCUGGCAGCCAGAGCCUGGGAGUGCCCACUUGCUGCCUUCCAGACUCGUCUAAGAAGCCAGGGGUAUGAGUUGGGCAGGACUGGCAUGGACUUGACCUUUCGCAGCCGGAGACACCAGCCUCCCGGGAAGGGAGGUCUGCCUGCCCUCCUCAGAAUGCCUGCAGGCCCAGCCCUUGCAACGACCCCCGGCCCACCCCAGGGUCUGAGCCUGCUGGGCAUACCACAUGGAACCACUAGCUUGGGUUGUAAAUGUUUUUUGUUUUGUUUUGUUUUGUUUUCUUCCUCUGGGAUGUGGGAGCUACAGAAAUAUUUAUAAAACAUAGCUUUUUCUUUGGGGUGGCUCGCCUCAAUUCCUCUUUAUAUAUUUUAUAUAUAUAUAUAAAUAAAUAUAUAUAAUGAUCUAUA